AUGGCUCAAGGAAACAGCACUGAAGAUGAAUUCCAUCUUCUGGGAUUUGGUGUCCAACAGGAAUUUCGGCAUGUCCUUUUCAUUGUACUUCUUCUAAUCUAUGUGACCUACCUGGUAGGAAAUGUUGGAAUUAUCUUACUCAUCAAGACUGACUCCAGACUUCAAACACCCAUGUACUUUUUUCUACAAAAUUUGGCUUUUGUUGAUAUCUGUUACACUUCUGCUAUCACUCCCAAGAUGCUCCAAAGCUUCACAGAAGAAAAUAAUUUGAUAUCAUUUUGGGGCUAUGUGAUACAAUUCUUAGUUUAUGCAACAUUUGCAACCAGUGAUUGUUAUCUCCUGGCGAUUAUGGCAAUGGAUCGUUAUGUUGCCAUCUGUAAGCCCCUUCAGUAUCCCAUGAUCAUGUCCCAAACAGUCUACAUCCAAUUGGUAGCUGGUUCAUAUAUUAUGGGCUCAAUAAAUGCCUCUGUACAUACAAGUUUUACAUUUUCACUGUCCUUCUGCAAGUCCAAGAACAUCAAUCACUUUUUCUGUGAUGGUCCCCCAAUUCUUGCCCUUUCAUGGUCCAACAUUGACAUCAACAUCAUUCUAGACGUUGUCUUUGUGGGAUUUAACUUGAUGUUCAAUGGAUUGGCCAUCAUGUUUUCCCACAUCUACAUUAUGGUCACCAUCUUGAAAAUGUCUUCUACUGCGGGGAGGAAAAAAUCCUUCUCCACAUGUGCCUCACACCUGACUACAGUCACCAUUUUCUAUGGGACACUCUCUUACAUGUACUUACAGCCUCAGUCUAAUAAUUCUCAGGAGAAUAUGAAAGUAGCCUCUAUAUUUUCUGGCACUGUUAUUCCCAUGUUGAAUCCUUUAAUCUAUAGCUUGAGAAAUGAGGAAGUAAAAGAAGCUUUAAAAGUGAUAGGAAAAAAGUUUUGUUAA